AUGGGGUACCUCUACCCUUCUUGUAGAGCCGAAUCCGCGGUUUCAACCUCCAAUUCGGUGUCUUCUUCCAAAGCAACCAAAGAGAAAGAGAAGGAGAAAAGCAGUAUCAAGAUCCAAGAGUUUCAGUACAGUGACCUCGAAGCUGCCACCAAUGGCUUCUCCGACCGAAAGCUCCUCGGCAAAGGGAGUCAUGGGUAUGUCUACAAGGCGGUGGUUCGCGGCCGUCCCGUGGCGGUGAAGCGUCCGUCGCGGCCUCAUCAUCACGGGGUUGUUCCCCGACCCGUGUCUUCUUCCGCGCCGCUCGAGAUCACCAACGAGGUGGACAACGAGAUCGACAUCUUGUCCAAAAUCCAGAGCCCCAGGUUGGUGAAUUUAGUGGGUUUCACUAACGAUUCAAGAGACAGGCUUUUGGUGGUGGAGUUCAUGAGCAAUGGGACCCUUUACGAUGUUCUUCAUUCAUCUCCAAGGCCUCCCAAUUGGGGUAGGAGAAUUCGUUUGGCUCUGCAAACUGCAAAAGCCAUUGACACACUUCACUCCUCGACCCCUCCCGUGAUUCACCGUGACAUAAAGUCUGCGAAUGUUCUCAUCGACCGCAGCUACAAUGCGAGGUUGGGUGAUUUUGGUUUGGCUUUAAGAGGCCAUGUUGAUGACUAUAGACUCAGGUCCACUCCCCCUGCUGGCACCAUGGGCUAUCUUGACCCUUGUUAUGUCACUCCUGAUAAUUUGAGCACUAAAACCGAUGUUUUCAGCUUUGGGAUUUUGUUGUUGGAGAUUAUAAGUGGAAGGAAGGCCAUCGAUAUCUCUUAUUCACCACCUUCUAUCGUGGAUUGGGCUAUUCCUCUCAUUAAGAAAGGGAAGUUGUUGGCUGUUUAUGAUCCUAGAAUUGCACCUCCUAAGGAUCCGCUUGUGAGGAAGCAGUUGGCUGUGAUUGCUGCCAAGUGUGUGAGGUCUUGCAGGGAGAGGAGACCCUCCAUGAAGGACGUUGUUACUUGGCUUUGUGGGCUGUGUAAACUGGUGCCUCUUCAUUCGUGGAAUGGUUUUAACAACCCUUGUAUGAUGGUUGAGACUGUGGGGCGCCCCGUUGAAGCAAGAAAUAGUCAAUUCAGUUCUAGGCUGGAAGGUGUGGACGAGGGAAAUUUUGAUGCUUUGGAUGCCAGGUUGUCCAAGUCUGCUAUGAGGUAUUCUCGGAGGGUGUAUUCUGAUUUGGGGUUCAGCAGCAACUUGAUGGACUUGAUGGCUACCACUGAGGAGCCUGAAUUUCUAAGAGAUGCUGAUGGGGUGGAGCAUAGUUCUAAAUCGGCUGAACAAGUUUCUAGCUCCCGGUUUGGCAGUGGAAGAUAUUCCAUAAGAGGGAGGAACCUAUACCGGCCAUGUGGCAGUGACAAGGACGCGUUUGACUUGAGUAAAGGCCAGAUGGAGACUACUUCAAAACGGGAUGGGAUUUCUGAUUCAAAUUCGAAGAAUUUGAAUUCUCUGGUUGCUGAGGUUGUGUAG